AAGCGCGCGGUUAAGCUGAGCGAAGCCAUCAACUCCAUGUUUCGUUGGUACGAAAAGUCAGCAAUUUGCUACGCUUACCUCUCCGACGUACAUCAAGGACAUUCUUCCAUAUCGGCAAUUAUGGAGGAAGCCACAGGAGUACCUCACCACAUUCUCACGGGCAUUGCAAGCUUGCACACCUGUAGUGUGGCGCAGAGAAUGUCCUGGGCGUCAAGGCGAGUUACAACCAGGCCCGAGGACAUGGCCCUAUUGCUUGGUUGGGGUUUUUUGACGUGA